AUAUUACGGUUAUAUAAACCCUACCCUUUAGCCCUAUAUGCACACCGGUUGGAAACCCUAGCCGCUACCAGCUAGAAGCUUGAAACCGACCGUAGAGCAAUCGCCGGACGCCGGCUAAUUCUAGACCUACGCCUGAAAGAUGCAAAUCUUCGUCAAAACCCUAACGGGGAAGACAAUCACCCUCGAGGUGGAGUCCUCGGACACGAUCGACAACGUUAAAGCGAAGAUUCAGGACAAGGAGGGCAUUCCACCAGAUCAGCAGCGCUUAAUCUUUGCUGGGAAGCAGCUUGAGGACGGCCGUACCCUCGCCGAUUACAAUAUUCAGAAGGAAUCGACGCUUCACCUCGUUCUCCGUCUCCGCGGGGGCGCUAAAAAGCGCAAGAAGAAGACAUACACCAAGCCCAAGAAGAUCAAGCACAAGAAGAAGAAGGUUAAGCUUGCCGUACUGCAGUUUUACAAAGUUGGUGACUCUGGGAAAGUGUCGCGUCUGCGCAAGGAGUGUCCCAGCGCUGAGUGUGGAGCGGGAAUAUUCAUGGCGAACCACUUCGAUCGGCAUUACUGUGGCAAGUGCUCUCUGACCUUCGUUUACCAGAAGCAAGGUGAGUAAUGCUACUCUUGGCUUGCUCCACGCAGGAAUUAUAAUAGCUUGUGAGAUUUUGGAAUUAAUUGAUGUGGAAGAGAUUAUUGAACAUUUCUGUUCUAGUAUUACUUUAUAUGGUUUGGACUUGCUAGUUAAAUUGUUUUGGUCGAACAAUUCAAACGGUGCCCCUCGUUACGGUCCAUCUGCUUGUCUUAUUGGAAAUUAUGGUUCUUGUUUUCUUUCAGUCAUA